GCACAUUCUGUGGGAAUGUUUCUGUGCACACCAGUCCGCAGAGUUUGUCGGUGUGGACAAAAUGACACAUACUGUAGUUCAUCGUAGUUAAAUCGUCUGCUCGGGCGGUAUCUUCAUAGUGCCGGAAAUUCCUUCAGCUGACCUCAGACUUGGACUGGAUUGGUUAAGAUGCAUUACAUUACCUGGACAGCCUUGGUGCUGUUGGUCACUCUGUCCAUGAGUUCUGGGGGUAAAGUUCUGGUGUUCCCGGUAGAUGGCAGCCACUGGGUGAACAUGAAAGUCAUCAUUGAAGAGCUUCACUCUCGAGGUCACAACAUCACCAUAGUGCGACCCUCAGACAGCUGGUACAUUAAAGAGGAGUCUCCCCAUUACAAGGCCAUUACUAUCCCCUCCGCUGGAGGCUUUGAUGAGGAGUUCUUCAGCACCUUUGUGAAGAGACUGCUGGAGAUACGGAGAGAACAAAAGUUCUGGAGUCGUUUGAUGUUCGAGUUAGAAUUAUUUAGCCAGUUCUCAGAAAUGCAUAGGCAAGCUUGCGAGAUGUUGGCAAUGAUGUUUCAAGACGAGGCUCUCAUGAAAUCGCUUGAAGAUGCCAAGUUUGAUGUUGUCCUGACUGAUCCAGCCAUGGGUAGUGGAGUCUUUUUGGCACGACGUCUUGAUCUUCCAUUGGUGUUAAACGUGAGAUGGACAGUCCACGGAGAGGCCCAUUAUGCUAUUGCUCCCUCCCCUCUGUCAUAUGUCCCCUACCCAAGAACGGAACUGACGGACAACAUGACUUUCUACCAGAGACUUCAGAAUGUGCUGGCUUGGACAGUGGGCUCUAUUCAAUGGCCAAUGAUGGUUUAUUUUCACUACACGCCGUUUUGUAAAACUUUUUUUGGCCCCGACGUCGACUACUUCUCCCUGUUUCAGGAUGCUGAUAUCUGGCUCAUGAGGAAUGACUUCACAUUCGAGUUUCCACGCCCAACUAUGCCUAAUGUGAUCUACAUGAGUGGCUUCCAAUGCAAGCCUGCUAAACCACUUCCUGCUGACCUGGAAGAGUUUGUCCAAAGCUCAGGGGAGCAUGGGGUCAUCGUCAUGUCCCUUGGAACUUUGUUUGGGGAGCUUCCGAGUGAUACUACGGAGAACAUUGCUGCAGCUUUUGCUCAGCUUCCGCAAAAAGUCAUCUGGAGAUAUGAGGGUACCAAGCCCUCGACUCUUGGCAACAACACCUUAUUGGUGAGCUGGAUGCCCCAAAAUGACCUGUUGGGACAUCCAAAGACUAAAGUGUUUGUAGCCCAUGGGGGCACCAAUGGUGUCCAAGAGGCAAUCUACCAUGGUGUCCCAAUAGUAGGCCUGCCCCUAAUCCUGGAUCAGCCUGAUAAUAUUUUCAAAAUGGAGGCAAGAGGAACCGCUAAGGUAGUAGACAUUUGCACUCUAGACAGAGCUGUGUUUAAGGAGGCGCUAGAGGAGGUGCUCUAUGAGCCGUCCUACAGGGAGAACAUGCAGAGGCUCUCCAGGAUCCACCAUGACCAGCCCAUGAAGCCUCUGGACCACGCCGUUUUCUGGAUCGAGUUCGUCAUGAGGCACGGAGGAGCUCCUCACCUGCGCACUCAGUCCUUCAGGAUGUCCUGGAUCGCUUAUUAUUCUGUAGACGUCAUGCUGACUCUGCUUGUGGCUGUGUUGCUCGUACUUUUGAUCAUGUUCCUGGCAAUCAAAAAAUGCCUCUCAGUUUUAUUCAAAAAGAAGGUCAAAUCUGAAUAAUACUGUAUGUUCCUUCAGGGCUGCACGAUAAAACAUGUCUACUUCUUUUUCUUUUCUUUUCUUUUUUUUUUUAUUAAGUUUUGCCAUAGGUUAUAUACAGAUACAAAUGUACAAAAACCCACACAGGAAACAUUUCGUACAAUGAUUGAUUGAAGUUAUUAUUUUGAACUUGAGAGCAGAAAAUAAAACAUACAACAUAUAGAGACAGUAAGGCAACACACUACGCUACAGGGAACAGAAUACUGUG